GCUCACCUAAACAGUGGAAACGUAAAUAUCAUGAGGAUUUCUGUGAUCAAAACUUGUGCUUCUAAAGAGCAGAGGUGACCCAGGACCCCUUGGUCUUGCAGCCACUCAGAUGCACAUCUUUCACGGUGCUGGGGUACCGUAUCUCUCAGACAAGCCCAUGGGUGAGGCAGUAUUGUGCUGGGACUAGGAAAUGUGGAAUUUUCCACAGCCUGCCCUGUGCCUCAGUUUCCCUAGCUAAAAAGUUGGAUAAGAAAGCCUUUGUGGCUCUCAGUUUCUUUAGAUAACAAACACUAUGUAAAACACUAAACAUGCAUCACACAAAGGGGCAUCUUCAAUAAGUGAAAAAUUAUUCCCAGGCCUCUUCCCAGAGAGACUGUUCUGGAACAUGACUGCAGUUCCAAAUCAGCAAAGCUGUGACUGAGGCAGCUGCACGCCUCCCAGCCAACCUGCGCAUCCUUGUUUCCUAUAAGUUCUUGGCAACCCAGAUGUGACAGUGACUUUGACUUCAGCCAUUUCUUCUCGCUGCUGGGACCACGACGAGGAACUCCAGACAAAUUUUCCGGGGACUCCCCUGAAGUGUUUCCUAGUGGGCGGUGUGGAAAGAGAUGUCUGGGACUUACAGAGAAGACCCAGAAAAAGCAACACAAACUUUAAAAGCUAUUUUAGAAAAUCAUGAUCCAGAUUGGAAGGAUCUGCAAGUGCAGGAAGCCAGAGAAGCCGUCCUGGGAAUCCCUGAAGAGGCGUUGGGAUGCCGUGAACCCUUUUGUAUGGGAACCUGGGAUACCUGGAAGAUCAAAAGCAGCAGAACUGGUAAAAAUCGAACUAAAGCCAGGAUCAAAGCUGGUAAGAUGAAAACAAUACCCUAUAAAAUUAGAGGCAAGGAAAGGGUUAGAACCCUUGAUAAACAAUUUUAUGGUCUAUAAACUUUUGCGAGAAUGCCAGUCAGAAUAUAAUACCCCUAUCCUCCCUGUUAGGAAACCUCAUGCUGACAAGUAUUGCUUAGUACAAGAUUUAAGGGCUGUAAAUCAAAUAGUUCAGGAUGUACAUCCUGUUGUUGCAAAUCCGUAUACAUUGUUAAUAACAAUCAAAGAUAUUGAUCAAUGGCUUGUGGUGCUGGAUUUGAAAGAUGCUUUCUUUUGUAUCCCUUUGGAAAAGGAAAGUCAGAAGCUGUUUGCUUUUGAAUGGGAAAGCCCAACGACAGGAAGAAAAACACAACUGUGCUGGACUGUACUUCCCCAAGGUUUUAAAAACAGCCCAACUAUUUUUGGAAACCAACUUGCAAAAGAGCUUGAGGAAUGGCAAGGAAAUAAUAUGUCUGUUACCUUGCUACAAUAUGUAGGCGACAUUCUUUUAGGAACAGCAUCAAAAGAAGAUUGUGCAAAGUAUACAACUGAUUUCUUGAACUUUCUGGGACUUGCAGGUUAUCGAGUAUCAAAGAAAAAGGCACAAAUAAUUCAGACUACUGUUACUUAUUUAGGUUUUACUGUCUCUCAAGGAGAGUGAAGUCUUGGCACGGAACGGAAAGAGGUCAUUUGCCAAACACCUGAGCCUAACUCAAAGCAGGAAUUGAGAGCAUUCCUGGGAAUAGCCAGAUGGUGUCGCCUAUGGAUAAUUAAUUUUGGAUUGCUUGCCAAACCUUUACUUGAAGCUGUAAAAGGAACUGAAAAUCUACUCAAAUGGACACCGGAAUGCCAAAAAUCUUUCGAUCAAAUUAAACAUGCAUUGAUGACUGUGCCAGCCCUUGGACUGCCCAACCCAGAAAAGCCGUUCAAGUUGUUUGUACGUGAGAGACAACAUGUGGCUUUGGGAGUUUUAAUUCAGAAAACAGGAUCUUGGAAAAGACCAGUAGGAUACUUUUCUAAGCAACUGGAUCAAGUGAGCAAGGGAUGGCCUUCAUGUUUACAAGCUGUUGCAGCAAUGGCAUUGCUUAUCCAAGAAGCUAGAAAACUAACUUUGGGACAAAAGAUUAUUGUACAAGUCCCUCAUGCAGUGACUACAAUAUUGGAACAAAAAGGAGGGCACUGGUUGUCUCCCAGCAGAAUGAUGAAAUAUCAAGCAAUUCUACUGGAGCAAGAUGAUACUGAACUAAAAGUUGUGACAGUCUUGAAUCCAGCAACCUUGUUACCCUUACCAGGAGAUACAGAAUUUAUGCAUGACUGUGUAACUACUAUAGAACAGGUAUAUUCCAGCAGUAUUGACUUAAAGGAUGAACCUUUGGAAUUCACUGAGGUUACCCUAUAUGUUGAUGGAAGCAGUUUUGUGAGAAAUGGACAAAGGAAAUCUGGACACGCUGUAGUAACAGAGGACGAAGUAGUAGAAGCCGAGAAACUACUGACAGGGACGUCUGCACAAAAGACAGAACUGAUUACAUUAAUAAGAGCAUUGGAAAUAUCUACAGGAAAGAGAGUAAAUAUAUGGACUGACUCGAAAUAUGCCUUUGGUGUCGUUCAUGCUCAUGGGGCCAUAUGGAAAGAAAGAGGAUUAUUGACUGCCCCAGUUAAAUAUGGACAAUUAAUAGGGAGAUUAUUAGAAGCUGUACACUUGCCUAAACAAGUAGCCGUAAUGCAUUGUAAAGCCCACCAGUUCAGAAAUACAGCCACAAUAAAAGGGAACUGGAAAGCGGAUGUGGUUGCCAAGCAGCUGGCAGAAAAGAAAUAUUGGGGAUACAGCUGGAAAAAUAAAAGGAAUUAAAACAGGCCCCAAAAUACUCUGAAAAGGACAAUCAGAUAAUGAAAGUAACUCAAGCAGAGAAAAAUUAUGAAGGAUGCUGGGUGAUCCCUGACUGAAAGUUAGUACUUCCUGAAAUAGUAAUGAGAGAGUUACUGGAAAAGUCGCACGUGGAAACACACUGGGGAAUGGAGGCAUUGGUGGAUAAUACAAGAACUUUCACAAUAAAUAUAGGGAUGACUGGUAUUGCUAAGAGCAUAGUGAAUACAUGUGAAAUGAGACCUGUAGGGCCACAUUGUUAUCAUUAGGGGUGGUCAUUUAACACCCACCUAGACAACAUGAAUCAACAGCACCAGAUGGCCUUCUUAAUGGAGUUAGCAAUUCUGAAUAGCCAAAGGUUUCAGAGGGAAAUACUCUUGAGAUUUUUCUAUUUAAAAAGACCUUAUGGACUUUGUAUGUUCUCCCAAAGCCUAACAACAAAAGUUAAAGUGUCAGACCUACAGAAUUUUCAGUUUCCCUCUAGAAAUUGGAAUGAGUGGAUGUAAGCUUAAAAACAGAAAGCAAGAUCUGUUUCUGGACUUCAUCUCUUGCUCCUCAUCUUCAGCUAUUUAUCAACUGUUUAAUAUUUCACAACCAAAAUAAAACUCAAACAAGGCAACACAUUGCACAGCCUCCUUCAUAUAACUGCAGAAGAAUUAGUGACUAUGGAACAGGAAACAGUCAAAAGCCCAAGAAAAUCCCCGAGUUUUCCCAUUUCCAAAAAUAAAAUGAAACCACUAUUUGCAAUGAAGUUUUCAGUUUAGAAUUUUGUAAUCCAAAUAUGUGAAGAAAACUUUCCCAUGCUGUCCAAGGAAAACAUUUUCAAAGGGAAACCA